AGCGGGACACUCCGGGCCAAUGUGACAGCGAACCCUGGCAGGCGAGCUGUUUGCCUGUACGUCAGUUUGCUAACAUUUUUGUGAUUCCUGCUUGCAGAGUUGACCAAAAUCAAAGAAAUGUCUUCAGAGCAGACAUUUUCAGGACCAGAGCCUGACCAACACAGACGUGUAACUGUUAAAUCAAAUCCUGGAUUUCUGGAGCGUCUGAGUGAAACGGCAGGAGGAACAGUCGUCGGUGUUGGUCUGUUUUUCCUCUCCAUCUACAUUCUCUUCACUAAUGAGGGUCGAGCUUUGCAAACGGCCUGUUCUCUGGAUGAAGGUCUCUCUCAGGUGAAGUCGCUGGACUCUUAUCCAAUCCUCGACCUGCAGAACAACAACCGCUUAGUUCAUCUAUCUGCACAGCUGCAAACCCUGACGCCCCUCCAUGACCCCAGCUACAGGGUGGUGGUCCAGGCCGUGAAGCUGCGGCGGCAGGUGGAGAUGUACCAGUGGGUGGAGCUUAGUGAGAGCAGGGAUUACAAAGAGAACGGAGAAACCAAGACUGAGACGACCUACACCUACAACACGGAGUGGAAAUCAGAGGUGGUCAACAGUCGUAACUUCGAUAAGGAAAUCGGCCACCAGAACCCGAGCGCCAUGCCGGUGGAGAGUGUGACAGUGGUGGCUCAGGAAGUCCGAGUGGGACCUUUGAUUCUGUCCAAAGGCCUGGUGGAGCGGAUCAACGACUUCCAGACUCUCAGACUGAAGGAUCUCUCAGCCUUUGUUGUGGAUCCUUUCCUCUCCGUCCAUGAUGAUUACUUCUAUCACACUCAGUUCCCGCUCCGGCCACAGGUCGGGGACGUCCGAGUGAGGUUCUCCUUUGCUGGACUGAGUGGUGAGAACAGUCACCUCGGCCCGCCGCUAACUGUGAGCAUCGUAGCCAUGCAGAGAGGAGAGAAAUUGGUGCCCUUUAAGACGAAAUCUGGAGACUUUCUGGAAAUCAUCUACCUGGAGGAGCUCACUGCACAGGAAGUGUUUGCCAAGGAGCAUCAGUACAACACAAUGAAGACGUGGGGCCUGAGGGCUGCAGGCUGGUUCCUCAUGUUUGUUAGUAUUCAGCUGACCACCCGCAUCCUCUACACUCUGGUGGAUUGGGUUCCUCUCCUCAGAGAUCUGGUGUCUUUCGGCCUGAAGAUCUUCGCCCUGUGCCUCUCCUGCUCGCUGUCUCUCCUCGUCAUUGGAGUCGGUUGGCUUUUCUACAGGCCGUUGGUGGCGGCCGGUCUGGGAGCCCUCGCUCUGCUUCCAGUGUUUCUGGCUCGUUCAGGCCUUCCCCAGAAGAAGAACGAAUGACUAUCGCAGUGACGAUUCGACCUGGGUUCAGCUUGACUGCAGCUGUGCAGCAGAAAACUCAGACAAUGUUACACAGCUACAACUCCAAAACUUCAAAAUGAGUCUCACAGAAGCAGACGGAGGAGUUUGUUGCCUUCACUGAUCAUUAAUCUGCGACAUGAAGCAUAUUACUCUGCCAAGUAAGACGGGCCCUGCUUUAUUUUGAGUGUCAACACAUCUCAGCUGGGAGGUGUUUAGUUAUUUCACUUGGUGGUGGAUGGGUUAGGGUUAGGGUUAGGAAAAACAUAUUAAAGUUUCCUCCAGACAUACUGAUAAUGUUACGGUUUGUUUAGAGGAUUUACUUUGUGUUGCUUUUCAACUGGCUCACAUGCAGAAUAUCUAUGAAAACAUGGGACAAAGAUACUAAAUGUUUACACUCGGAUGCCACAUUUAUAAGUUGAAUUGUUUUCAGGGAUGGGAUUAGAUUAGUUCAUGUCUGUGUUUAUGGAAGUUGGUCUUAUAAUUAAGUUUGUGUGUCUUUUCAAGAUGCAGAAUUUUUCUUGAAUCAUAAAACAUAGAUGGUACAAUUUUCCAUUUUUCUAGCUCACAUAAACCUGGAAGUUCUUUAAAUCAAAAGCUUUACCAUAUUUUUUUAGUUUCUCUGGUGCAGGUCUGAUAAUCAGGGAAGAAAUUAGUCUUCAAAAGUAAGCGUCUCCAUUUGCAUCUAUGUAGCAAAAUGUGAAACGUUACUUUGUGUGCUUGUUGACUGCCUAAUUUAUAAACUGCAAAAAUGUAAUGGAGGGGGAAAAAACAACUUGAAGUAAACGAUGGGCACAAUUCAGUUCACUUGUAAACAUUGCAUGUUGAAUAAAUCCAGUGAUAACAGACCUGAACAGAUUGUUCAGGUCCGUUAUCAGUGCAAUGUACCAAUACUGGCUGCAAGGAGGAUAAAACAAACAAAAACAAAAAGCAGGCGCUAAUUUUGUCCACCAGGGAGCACUGACAAGUUUAUUAUUUCAAACUGUUAACAUCCUGAUUGAUACAUAUAAUUUAUAUCCUACUACGUCGUUCCAGGGCUUAUCAAAAGUUGCUUCCACAGAAAUUAGUCCCUAGUCAGGCUCCACAGACGAGACAAAAAGCUAAAGGAGUGGCUUGUAUAAAUCUCUAAUGCCCAGCGUAUCUCCUAUGUGCACCUCUUGCACUAUGGCUGAACCAGAAAUCCUGACCAACAUUGAAACGGAAAAAAAAAAAAA